AUACAAUUAUCGUACAGAAACAGUUAAACUGUUUUAUUUUGAAGGAAGGAAAUGAAGCCGGAAGUUGUAACAAUUAUUUUUAUCCCAGCUGACUGGACUGCACGCUAGCUCUGUGACACUACUACAUCUAUGACACCGGGGAAGUAAAACCCCUUCGCAGCCAAUGUGGCUAAACGACACCGCGAAGUUAGUUUUAGAUAUUUAUGUCGCUAAUUAUUACCAACAACAGUCCCAUAGCAAACUAAAAGACAAGUGUUUAAGUAUUGAAGCCUAAAACUAUCGUUGCGGCUCUUUGGGUUUCAUGAAACGGUCCAGUUAACUUCAGCGACGUCAACGGUUCCAUGAGGUACUGAGUCAUCUUACCUGAUAUUCCACAUCUUAAACAGCAUAACUUCAUCAACUGAUCAACAGAUCUGCCAGCAUGACGAACGCAGACUCUGUCAGGAUCCGAGUCUUCUCUCUGAACUGCUGGGGGAUCCGCUUCCUUAGCAAACUUUGUACUGAACGCUACGCCAUGAUUGGUGACAUGUUGUGCAAAGAAGAGCAUGAUAUUGUCCUCCUGCAAGAGGUGUGGAGUGAGAAAGACUACCUGUUCUUGAAAAAGAAACUCUCCCUUAGCCACCCUCACUCACAUUAUUUCAAAAGUGGAGUCAUAGGAAGCGGCCUGGCCAUGUUCUCCAAACACAGAAUCCGUGACACAUUUCUUUAUCGCUUCUCGCUGAAUGGUUACCCUUACAUGGCCCACCAUGGAGACUGGUUCGGGGGUAAAGCUGUUGGGAUGGCUGUUCUAAGCAUCGGAAGUCUGACCGCUAAUGUCUACGUCACUCAUCUGCAUGCGGAGUACUGCAGAGAGAAGGACUCUUAUCUACCUCACAGAGUGGUUCAGGCCUGGGAGCUGCAGCAGUUUGUUCGGCACACCUCUGCUGGAGCAGAUGUGGUCAUUUUAGGUGGUGACCUCAACAUGCACCCUCAGGACCUCGGAAACAGGCUACUGAGAUCUUACACUGGACUCCGUGAUGCUUAUUUAGAGACUGAUACAUUUAAUGGAUGUGAGGAUGGUGUCACUCUAAUAGCUGACAACCCUUUCAUCAAUAAAAAGGAGCUUGGUCCUUUUGAGAAGGGAAUCCGAAUUGACUACAUCUUGUUCAAAGGUUCUUCUAAAGUGGACGUCUUUUGUGACUCCAUGUCAACCACCAAAGGCUCCGUCCCUGAUCACCCUUUCCCGUACUCCGAUCAUGAGGCUCUGAUGGCUGAACUAAGGCUGGUGUCACACACUCCCGUUGAGACUGGAAGAGAGAAGUGUAUUAAGGAGAAGGACUCCGCUGCAGGUAGAGUGGCUGAGCUGGUGGAUAUUGUGACAGAGGCUCGCACUGAAGUCAAAGUAGGCCUGCACUGUACAGAGAGCAUGCGCUACACGGCAGCACGCACCGGCGUGAUGGGUUUGGCUCUGCUGUUGCUGGAGCUGGCCAUCGCCGCAGUGCCCUGGUUGGCUCUGGGAGCUGAACAGCCUUUCCCCCUCACCUCCUUCUACCUGCUGGCUGCUCUGUGCUUCGCCAUCCUGCUCACCACCUUCAUGCUGUACAUCCUCUACACCAUGGAGCUGAAAUCUCUCCAGGGGGCUGAAGACCAGAUGAGACUUGCUGUCGGAAGCCUGCAAGAGAAUCUCAGGGGUUUUCCUCUGGCUCAGCCUCACGUCUCCCUGCGGAAGCCUCCAGAGGGUGUUAGCGUCCUGGACCAGGAGGAGUAAUGUCUGAGCCAGCUGGGUCAAAGUGGACUUUGGUUUUAAUGAAGCCCUUUGAAGUGAGCUUUAAGACGAAGGAAAUUCUUGCUCCUCUGAAAGUGAUUUAUGCUCUAAAGAGAUUUAGAUUUUUACUGUAAAAUGAAAGGUUUGAACUAUAAUCAAAGGGAGAUUCUGAUAGUAGUGCUUCACACUUUUAUAUUAGUCUUUAUUCUUAUGUUAGGUCUUCCUCUAUGCACCUCCACAAAUACACCUCCUAUCAGACGGUUGAAUACAUGUGUUCUACUGCUGUGCUUAAAGGUCCUGUAUAUGACCAUUUGUGUUUUAUUUUAUUUUUUAAAGCCUCAGGUGCUACUUGCAUUCCACCUACUGUACCAGUAUUACCAGUACCAUCGGGACCAGUUGUUUCUGUUUAUAAGCUCAUGCUUCCAUUUUGUGAUUUUUAGAGUCCGUUAUACAAUCACAGUGGGUCCAGAUACUGUGUUUGCAGAUCUAUUUAAUGUGUUUAUUUACUCACAGAAGAACUAAACAGAAGAUAUAGACACUCCACCAGUUGUAGGUUUACAUGUUGAUAAGCAAGUAUUUUAGUUUCGGCACUUAAAGAUUCACCAUGUUUAGACUUGAAGGAUUUUAUCGGUGUUGCACCUAAAGUUUCUUGAUGUUAGAUUAUUGUCUUCACUCCUCCAUCCCAAAGUGUGGCAUUGUGAAUGUAAAGCUAUAUCAUGAUGUAUAUUCUUAACUUUGAACUCAUCUGAUCACAGAAGUUAUUUUUUACAAAGCUGCUGAAAACUAUAUCGUAUGUGUCCACUGAGUUGACUAACCAGAUAAACCACUCCCUUCUAUGUGUGUUGGGAAAUGACUUAAAACUGUAAGAGACUAAGAUAAAACCUAACAAUGAUUAUUCUUGAAUUCGUAUUGAUCACCUCUGUGGUAGAAACAUGAUUUAUAGUUCAUUUAAAAAAAAGAAAAAAGAUUGAUUUUUAGAAAAUAACUGCUCUUCAUUCCUUUUAGAAAUUAUUUAUAUUUUAUGAAAAUAAUAAAAUGAUGUGUCUUGACACAGUCAAGUCAGAAAUUUCAACUGCAGAUGUUUACUGAUGCACAACAGGUUCACACAUUGGCCACAAGAGGGCUCAGUCUCUGCUGGGUGAACUUUCCAAAUCAGGUCCACCUGAAAACCAUCAACCAAACUGGUUCUUUGGCAGCAAACCUACCAGCCAGGGCAUGUACACGACCAGGGAAAGUCCGUCCAUGGGUGUGGUAAAUUCAAAUUAUUUUAUUCUCCAAUGGAAAUGAGGCUUGUGCUUCACAACAGAAACCAGAACAUUUAGUGACUUUCCUGUAUGCUUUUUUUUUGCCUUUGAUACUCCUCAGAAAAAAACACGAUCACACUGUAUAAUGUACAUAUAAACCUAUUCUCAUAUAUAAUAUAUAAUCAGCAGUGACCAAUGCCCUCAGCAGUGCUUUAAAGACGAGGUAGAGGGAGAUGCAUUUGAAUUAUUGUGCAUGUUUCAGAAUGAGCUUUGUCGAAAGCAAAUAGUAUAUAAAACAGAGGAAAACAAAAUACACACUAUGAGCUCCACCUCCAGCAGCAGCUUAAACGUCAUCAUAGAUUUUAAUUGUAAUUUAAUAAUCGGAGAGAUUUGUUUUUCUUUUAAAUGCCUGAAGUAAAAGUAAAUAAAGAGUUAAAAAGUUGAA